UAAUCAUCCUUUUUGAUUCCCCUGACGAAUGGCAUAAUUAUUCAUUAUCUUGAGUUGAUCUGUCUCAUGGUUGGCAAUUAUUCCUCAUAAUUUCAAGACUGGUUAUUUUCUCCCCCACUUCACCUGUCAGGAGGGGAGGGCAAAAAAAAAGAAAAGACAGCCUCGGGUUUGCCACGUGCUUUUGGGUACGGUUGAGUAAUCAAUUCUGACUGCCUCUAAUCCUUCCACUGGAUGCAUCAUCACUUACCCCAAGUUUGCUCUCGUGGAGCUUCCUCGCAUAUUGAUACCUGAGGUUCGCCACCGGUCUUACCUCGCCGUCGACGGCCUCUUUGGGGACGACCCCGCAUCACCAGAACGCUCGAGACAUCACCGCCGUACCCGCUUCAAAGCUGUCGACUCCACCCCCUCCGCGGUUGGGGAGCUCCUGGAUCCAAGUUCGCUGGAACCAACGACUGAAGGAUCAUAAUGGACGAUAUGGGGGAGGGCCCAGAGGGUAUGGGCUUUGAUAUGCCCAUGCUAAUGAACCAACAACCCCAUCUCUUCGGCGCUUACGGUCACGAAGGUUCGCCAGGCCCGUCAGGUCUCCCAGGUCCAAACUUUCAAGAUGACCCGUCAAUGGGUAUGGGCGAUGAUAACAAUGACGCAAAAAGAAGAAGGAUCGCGAGGGCCUGCGACAUGUGCCGGAAGAAGAAGAUCAAAUGCGACGGGAAAAUGCCCAAAUGUUCACAUUGUAUCAAUUACAAGACGGACUGCAUUUUUACUCAGGUGGAAAAGAAACGAAAUCCCCCAAAAGGUGCCAAGUACAUUGAGGGUCUAGAAAACCGACUGGGCAGAAUGGAAUCGUUAUUACGGCUCUCUGGUCUCUUGUCAGAAGACGAUGCAGGAAAGACAGAUCUUGGGACGUUGGAAAAGCGCCUUGCCGACCGGUCUUUUGCGAAUGGAUUGAAUGCCGCCGCAUCGUCACCAAAUAAAUUCACAGCCCCGAACAUCACGAACCAAACGCAAGCCCAAACACAACAAAGCUCUACGUCUCAUAACUCUACUCCUCGCAUGGAUUCUCAUUCGAGCCCACGAACAGCUGCCACAUCACCCGAAUCACAGAAGGAAUCGGAAACAGAGGUUGAGGCAUUAUCGGACAUGAUGUGCUCUUUGGUGACAAACAACUGCGGAGAGACUCGAUAUAUUGGUUCGUCCUCGGGGUUUUCAAUAUUUUCUCCCAAGGGUAUCCAAUGGGUUAAUGAGAAGACGGGCGACACUUCCUUCCAGGACAUGAUUUCUGCGGCUUACGUGGACGACAACAAAUGGAUGUACUGGAAGCCUGAGAUCUUUAGCGAUAUAUUUGCGCGCCGUGUUUUUAAGCCGCUGCCGCCCAAGGAUGAAGCAAUGUCGCUUUUCCGGGAUUUUUUCGAGAACUUCAACUGCAUGUUCCCGUUGUAUCAUGAGCCGACGUUCAUGCAUUUGGCAGAGAAGCAAUACUCCCGAGAUCCAUACGAAGGCUCUGGGUGGUGGGCAAGUAUCAACGUCGUCCUGGCUAUCGCACACAGGUUACGGGUCAUGAGUAACUUGGUGCCUCAUGAAGAGGAUAAGAAGGCCUGGCUUUACUUGAAAAAUGCCAUGGGUGUUAUGACUGAACUCACAAUGCGAAAUACGGACCUGUUGAGUGUUCAAGCCCUGCUGGGAAUGUCUCUUUUCUUACAAGGAACACCAAACCCUCAACCUGCAUUCUUUUUGAUUGCUGCCGCAAUAAGACUUGCUCACAGUAUUGGGCUUCAUAAAAGAGGCUCUGGGUUUGGCUUGAACCCAGUGGAGGUUGAACAGCGGAAAAGAGUCUUCUGGAUUUCUUAUCUUCUUGACAAAGAUUUCUGCCUCCGUUCUGGCCGUCCUCCCGUUCAAGAUGAUGAUGACAUGAACGUUGAACUUCCUAGCGAGGACCCUCCUGAUAAUGUUGGAAACGUCCCCUUGUCUGAUGGAAAAGGGAAGUUCAACUUGUUCAGGUCAAUGUGUCAGUUUGCAAUCAUUGAAAGCAGAGUAUAUAAGCGACUUUAUUCUGCCAAAGCAACAAAACAGUCUGACGGCGAAUUGUUGAAUACAAUUGGAGAGCUUGACAAGGAACUCGAGGAAUGGAAGGAAAGUAUUCCCCUCGACUUUCGGCCUGAAUAUGAAAUCAAGGCCACUCAUACGCCCUUGAUUCUGCAUGUUGUUGUCAUGCAAUUUGCUUAUUACAAUUGUUUGACAACAAUUCACCGGAUGUCUGUGCACCAUGGAUACUGGACAAGUCGACUCUCGAAUUAUGCCAUUCAAGGUCUGAAUGCCAGGCCCUUGAACCCGAGAGUCUUUUUGUCAGCAGUUCUGUGUGUGACAGCCGCGAGAGCAUCGAUAAAUCUGAUCAAGUAUAUUCCACAGGGAGACUUUGCAUGCGUCUGGUUGAUUCUUUAUUACCCGGUUUCCGCAUUAGUUACUCUGUUUGCCAAUAUUCUGCAGAACCCGAAUGAUCCCCGUGCUCGUUCGGAUGUCAAAUUAAUGACUACGGUCGUCAAUUUUCUUUCCACCCUUAUAUCCGAUGAAUCAAAUGGAAGCAUCCAUCGUAUGCUGGGCCUGUGUGCCGAAUUUGAAAGAAUUGCCAAGGUGGUCUUGGAUAAAAAUGAAAGAGAGUCUCAGUCCAAGAAGAAGCGCAAGACAGCACCCGAUGAUACAGAAAAUGUGCAGCGAAAAACGCCUGACAGAAACUCUACACAUUCUCCCUCCACCUCAAAACCUGCAAAAGCACAGCCGACGACUGCACCGUUUGCAUCCUCGUUGUUCCCUGAUCAAAUGGGCGGCUCUGCAUCUAAUGGCCCUCGUGGGGCGAGAACAUUCGCCUCAGACCCAACGAUGCCGGUGGCAAGCGGCCUUUCUGGAGAUAUUCCCAGCAACAUUCAGUCCAUGUCUGGGCUUGGGCAAGAUUUCCAAGAUAUGCUUAGUCCCAAUAUGGGAGGUGUGAACUUUGAUCAGCAACCCUUUGCGGCCAAUAAUAACCCCAUGUCAUCCUUCCAACAACCCUUCGUCCCGCAAGACUUAUGGCAAAUGCCAAUGACAAUUGAAUGGGACUGGGCAGACAUGUCCACAAACUUUCCAGUAUUUGGUGCUGGAGUCGAUCCCAACGGGCCACCUCAGCACCAAUCGUGAUUUUAUGAUGACAUGAACACAUUUGACGAAUGGGAUACAUAUCAGCAAUAGUCCUGGUUUGGACUAUUGAACGGAGUAUACGGAGUUGAUGAAGUUAAGUACUCUCUGCUUCUCGAAUAUUUUCUUCCUCUCUUCUCCCCCUCUCGCCCCUCACUCUGGUGGUUCAAAAGGCGUUUAUUCUCUCGGCGUACGAAAAUAUCCACUCCACUUCGUGAAAAUAUUGAUUAUUGUGCAGUAAAUAGUUGUUGCUGUUGCAUCACCUGGGAUGAUAUCUGGCCAAGGCGAGUUGAUCUGGAGGGGUACAGAUCUGCAAUUGAAUGUAAUAACGAGAAUUUCUAGAACAUAUACGUAAAGUAAUAGUCUUUUAGGCAUUAUGUAGCCAUUUAUCAAUACAAAUACAUCUAAUUUCACAAUAAAAAGACGACGAU